ACCCGCAGGGCUCUGCGGGUGCUGGUGGACAUGGACGGGGUGCUGGCCGACUUCGAGGGAGGCUUCCUCAAGAAGUUCAGGGCCAGGUACCCCGACAAGCCCUACAUUGCCCUGGAGGACCGGAGGGGCUUCUGGGUGUCGGAGCAAUACGGGCGCCUGGGACCUGAGCUGAGUGAGAAAGCUAUCAGCAUCUGGGAAUCCAAGAACUUCUUCAUCGAGCUGGACCCACUCCCUGGGGCUGUGGAAGCUGUGAAGCAAAUGGCAAAUUUGGCAGACACCGACGUGUUCAUCUGCACAAGCCCGAUCAAGAAGUACCGCUACUGCCCUUAUGAGAAGUACGCCUGGGUGGAGAAACACUUUGGCCCCGAGUUUCUCGAGCAGAUCGUUUUGACGCGAGAUAAGACGGUGGUUUCUGCUGACCUCCUUAUAGAUGACCGACCUGAUAUAACAGGAGCCGAGCUGAACCCCAGCUGGGAGCACGUGCUCUUCACGGCCUGCCACAACAAGCACCUGCAGCUGAAGCCCCCCAGCCGCAGGCUGCAGUCCUGGACCGAUGACUGGAAGGCCAUUCUGGACAGCAAACGCCUGCCGCCCGGCCAGACUGCCUGA